ACGCCCUCAGGGAGCAGGGCGGCUACAUCUUCGCCCGCAGGCUCUCCUGCCCGCCCAGAACCGGGCUGGUGCCCGUCACGUGCGUGACCAGGGUCACCCCUGAGGCGUUCUCGGACCAACCCUGGUACUUCAGUGGCAUCAGCCGGGCUGAGGCCCAGCAGCUGCUCCUGUCCCCUGGCAACGCGCCAGGCGCCUUCCUCGUCCGGCCCAGUGAGAGCAGCCAUGGGGACUUCUCGCUGUCAGUCCGGGCCCAGGCCAAAGUCCACCACUACCGCAUCUCCAUGGCAGCCGACGGCAGCCUCUACCUGCAGAAGGACCAGCUCUUCCCCAGCCUGGAGGAGCUCCUGGCCUAUUACAAGGUCCACUGGCAGCUGAUCCAGCCCUGUGUGCCCCAGGACGAGUGGGAGCGGCCACGUUCUGAGUUCACCCUGCAGAGGAAGCUGGGCGAAGGCUACUUUGGGGAGGUGUGGGAAGGCCUGUGGCUGGGCUCUGUGCCAGUGGCGAUCAAGGUCAUCAAACCAGCCGACAUGAAGCUCACCGAUCUCGCCCAGGAGAUCCGGACGCUCAAGAGCCUGAGGCACCAGCGCCUCAUCCGGCUGCAUGCGGUGUGCUCCGUGGGCGCGCCAGUGUACAUCGUCACUGAGCUCAUGCGCAGGGGCAGCCUGCAGGCCUUCCUGGGUAGCCCCGAAGGCCAGGCCCUGAGCCCGCCUCUCCUGCUGACCUUUGCCUGCCAGGUGGCCGAGGGCAUGAGCUUCCUGCAGGAGCGGCGCAUCGUGCACCGGGACCUGGCUGCCAGGAACGUGCUCGUGGGCGACGACCUGGCCUGCAAGGUGGCUGACUUUGGCCUGGCCCGGCUGCUCAAGGACGACAUCUACUCCCCGAGCAGUGGCUCCAAGAUCCCUGUCAAGUGGACGGCGCCUGAGGCAGCCCACUACUGCCUGUACUCCCAGAAGUCGGAUGUCUGGUCCUUCGGAGUUCUGCUCUAUGAAGUCUUCACCUACGGCCAGUGUCCCUACGAAGGAAUGAGCAACCAGGAGACUCUGCAGCAGAUUAUGCGAGGGUACCGGCUGCCGCGCCCGGCUGCUUGCCCCGCCGAGGUCUAUGCGCUCAUGCUGCAGUGCUGGCAGCGGAGCCCUGAGGAGCGGCCGGACUUCGCCACCCUGCAGGAGAAGCUGGGUGCCGUUGGCAGGCGCCGCCACCCCGCCCUCACGUGACUCGGGCCCCAGACACCUGGCCAGGGCCACCCGCUUGCCGAGGAGCCUCCCAACCCACAGGACGGGUCAACACACACAGGGGUCUCUGGUGCCCCAAAACUGUUGCCAGCCCGCGCAGCCUCUGGCCCUGGGCCACACGCCCUGACACGCUCUGACAUUUGCAUGUGCAUGCAAGGCAUACAUAUGCAGACACCUGCUCAGACAGAGGAGGGGCUGGGGUCCUCUCCUGGUGUGACUGGUGUCCCUGGUGGGAUAAGGAUCUCUGCAGAGAAGGCCAGAUGGAGCCCCCUCAGCUCUCUCAGAGUCAAGAGUGAGAGGUGGGCUUCCCAGUGUCUCCAAAGUCCUGCUGUGGCCUUGCUGAAGCGGCAGUGCUGGGGCUCUCUGGUGGAAUCGGGGCGCUGGCCCCACAUAGCACAGGCGGGGCGCGGCCAUCAGCACACACAUCAGCCCCUAGAUCAGAGCAGGAGCUG